AUGACGGGACGGGACGGGACGGAACCUAAAGGGUCGGGACGGGUCGGGACGGGACAGGGACGGGACGGGACGGGACAGGACGGGACAGGGACGGGACAGGGUGCCGAACUAUCAUCAACUCAAUUAGAUCAUACAAAAGAAAACGUGACGCAACGAACGAAUCUGACAUUCAACACAAAGCACUACGGAGCGGCGACCGUUGGCUUUCGACAGGACAACCUUCGGAAGGAUUUAUUAGAGAGGCACCGGCCGUCUCCCCGUAAGGAGGCUGAGAUGCUAUCUCGAUGUGGUCGACGGGAGAGGAGCUCGGAGGAGCUCCAGACCUGGGGAUGGGGGAGGGGGGAGGGAGGUUCCGAGGAGCGGCUCAUUAAAAUACCUAAACGGAGUCAGGAGGACGCAUCGCGACAACUCGUGAGAAAAGGGGACUAA